AAAUGUGAAGACUAAAUAAAUACCUAACUGUAAACUGUUUGUUGCCAAGAUUAUUUUCAGGCUACCGUGUCAAAAGAAAAAAAAAUAUAAGGAAAAAAACAGAAAAAGCCGACAAAUUCAAUAUUGCUAGAACAAAACCAAAGUGCAACAUUCAUGAAAUCAUUGUGGACAUUGAAGUAGAAUAUAAAGUGGCGCAAUAAGAAUAUAAUAAAUGAAUUAAAUAAAACAACAUAUUUUCAAAAUAUUUAUGAAACACAACGACACAUACAGAUAGAUACAAGAUUCAUGCAUACAUACAUUUAGAUACAGCCGCGCGUUAAUGUACAUACAAACAUAGAUCUGUAUGUGUGUCGCUCGCACUUGAGUAUGUACAUAUAGACAUAAAUACAUAUACAAGUAGGUAGAUGUGUGUGCGUGUAGAUACGUAUAAUCAUGUGAAAAAUCGAUUGGAAGCACUGGAAACCGUAUAUUCAUUGGAAGCUACAGCAGCAGCAGCAGCACCGCCAAUUGUCAUUUACUAUGAAAUAAGAAGAAGCACGCGCAAGCACUUUAAACGAAAAAGAAAUAAAAAAACGCCGUAAAAAGCCAAAAAAUUAUAGUGCACAAUAAGCAAAGCGCUAAUAUUACAACAAUUGCCAACCAGCUGCGUUCAUAAAAAGGUGCGCAAUUUAAUUAGCCGAGACGCAAACCCAAUAUGUAAUUCCAUUUGUUGCCAUCUUUUGUGCAUUAUGAAUGAUUUUUGACAUUUGCAUGUGCAAUGCGACGACGAGUCGAGUGCUGUAGAAGGAAGAGGAAGAUCGCAACCAGCAGCAGAAACAGAAGCAGAAGCAUUGCAAUAAUCCUGGCCGACAGUGAAGAAAAAAGUUAAUACCAAGAGACACACACAAUUUAUAGCAAACAAAGUAAUAAAAACGCAUUGCAAUAUUCUACUUGAUAACAACACGCAGAGGCGCACAACUUGGGCUAAAAGGCGGGGGCGCGCAACACUAAAGUGCGCAAAACAAGCGGAGCGCAGCGCAUAAGAAAACGCCGCUAAACACAGCAACUAAAAAAAGACAAACAAACGUAGCGCACAGCGAGUGUGUACAAGCUGGAGUGAGCUGGAGAGGAGGAAUCUAAAGUUGUUAUAAACGCGCGCACUCACACAUGCAAGCGUACAUACAUAAUACAUACAUACAGAGAGAAGCAUAUAAACGACAUUUAAGCGCAUUUUUCAUUUUUUAUAUAACUGCAAUUUUGGGGCCGCCAAAAAAGCGCCACCAUCUGAAAGCCGCCACAAUACCAACAACAACAGCACUAACAGCGGCAGCAGCAGCAACAACAACAACGGCUGUUAAAUGCGGCGUCAAAAAAGUUCAAAAAGUUCUCUAACGAGCAGCAGAAGCAGCCAAAAAGAAAACAACAAUAACAGCAGCAGCAGCAGUAGCAAUAAAAUCAGAAACAACAGCAACAAGAAGAAGAGUAGCAGCAAGCAGGAGCAGACGCAGGAUCUGGAGCAGGACAUUGGGCAUUGUUGACUGUAACGGCAACAACAGCAAGGAAUUGAGCUGACGUCGACGACAAUUUCGAUUGUUGUUACGGUUUCGCCAAAUAAUGGAACCAAAUCCCAAUGGGAUAAAAAUAGAGCCGACACUUGACCAGCUGCAGCAUUCGCAGCAGCAGCAACAACAGCAGCACUACGCAACGCAACUACUUGCAAUAAAUGGCCCAAAUGCACGCUUACUCAUUGAGCAUCCAUCGCUGUUGGUACCAUUGUCGUCGCAUCAUCAACAGAUUCAGCUACAACAGCAGCAUCAGCAGCAGCAGCAGCAACAACAACAGCAGCAGCAGCAGCAAUUUCAACAGCAGCACCAUCAUUUGCAGCCGCAACAUCAACAGCAAGAGCAGCAACAUCAAUUUCAACAGCAGCAACAACAUCAGCAGCAACAAAUACAAUUAACACUACCCGCUUACCCACAGCCAUUGUCGCUGAAGCAACAGCCGCCGCCAACACCAUUGGGUACAGCCAAUUCCACCACCAGCUCAUCGGCCCCCAAUUCACAACAACACCAGCAGCAGCAACAUCAGCAUCAGCAGCGCUGGAACGAGAGCCCGGAGGCACGCCAACGCCGUCUGGCCAGAAAUGCUGAGAGGAUGCGCGAGAGAAGGCAGCGUGAAAGCGAAGACGAAUAUCGGAAGCGUCUAUUACGUAAUGCCGAGGCGAACCGCCAGCGGCGCCAAAACGAAUCCGAAAUGGAGCGUGCCAUGCGUUUGGUACGCAAUGCGGCAAGACAGCGUCUGCGACGCGCCAUGGAAUCCCCCGAGCAGCGUGCGAAGCGUUUGGCCAAGCUGGCCGAGCGCAUGCGCAUGUAUCGAGCCAGCGAGACGGUCGAGCAGCGCAAAAUACGGCUUGCCGAAAUGGCGGCACGCGCACGUCAGCGCAUCGCCAGCGAGUCCGUCGAGGAGCGCAAGGAAAGACUGAGAAAGCUGAAUGAUUACGCCAAAAAGGUCAGAGAAAAGAAAAAACUUUUGAAGCAUGUGCAAGGGCAUAAUGCACAGACUAUACAGAACAACAACAAUUCUUCGUCGUCGUCGGUGUGGUGUCGUCGUCAGCAGCAGCAGCGGCAGCCGCCGCCGCGGCAGCAGCAGCAGCAGCAGCGGCAACAAAUCCCCAUCACGGCUGCUGCUGCUGCUGCCGCCGCCGCAGCGGCCAAUGAAGAACAACAGCAGCAGCAGCCUCUGGUAACAGCAGCUGCCUAUCAGCAACAUCAGGCAAUAGCCGCCGCUGUUGCCGGCACUGGUAAUCCCAUUGAGUAUAUGGGUCAGAAUAUGUUUAUAACUCCCACAACGCUCCGUCCAGCUGUCCAGCUAAAGCAGGAGCCAUCGCCCCAGCAGCAGCAACAACAGCAGCAUCAGCAACAGCAGCAGCAGCAACAACAACAGCAGCAGCAGCAGUUGCAACAGCAGCAACAAAAUGCACGCUAUGCUUUGAGUGGUGGCCAACAGCAACAAGUGGCGGCAGCUCUGCUCGAUAGUAGCGGCAGCGGCAGCGAUUCGGCCGCUGGCAGCAUAUUUGUGCAACAAAUCUAUGGCGAUGAUCCAACCGGCAAGGGGGCAACAGCCACAAAACUGUUGCAGGCCGCCCAUGUACCGCACUUUGGCAUUGCCAAUCCGCUCGAGUUCUAUCAGCACAAAUACGCCAAGAAGCAGGAACUUCAGUCAAACAAUAAUACAGAUGCGAGGGGCAACGACGGCGGUGCCAACGACAGCGGGUCUGUUGGUCUGGCACAGAACGAGGCCAAGGUCAUUGUGGCGGCAGCAGCCGAACAGCAGCAGAAGGGACUAAAGCCCGGACAGAUACAGAAUCCGCCCACGGCCCUCUAUAAUCAGUUCCCCUAUUUGGCCACAUUCCCGACGGCCAACACGAAUGCGACGGCUGCGGGCAUGGUGACGACUACGACGAGCGCUGUUGUUAGCGGUAGCACUGCCACGCCCACCACCGCUUACUAUCCCAUGUAUCACAAUAGCUUCCAGCUGGGCAUUGGGCCCAAUACGGUGCCGCCGCCCUUCACGCCCGUGCAUUUUGCAAAUAAUAGCGGCGGCCAGAGUCCUGCCGGACCCGGACAAUACAAUCUGUUGACAGCGGCCGCUACCAAUCCGAUCGCCGCCAGUCUGGGACAACAACAGCAGCAGGAGCAGCAAUGCGUACAGGAUUUUCCAAAAAUGGUCCGCGGUCGCCCUAGAAAGAGCAGCAUCGCCCACCUGGUCAGCAGCAGCGGCGGCGAGGAGCUCAAGGCGAACACGCUAUUCGAGCAGGAGCUGAACCAAAUGCUCGCCACGCCCCAGCUGGUGGCACAGCGUCGCGGACGUGGUCAACUGGACAUUCAUGGACAUUCCACAGCAACGGAUGCGGCCACUAGCAGCGACGGUAGCGCUCCGGCAACGCCUCGACGCAGCGGCGCCAACAAAUACGAAACCGAGGAGGAGAAGCGACUCCGUCUCGAUAAAAUGGCCGCUCACCAGCGUGCUGUUCGUGCCAAUGAGUCACCCGAGCAGCGAUCCGCACGCCUUCAAAAGCUGAGCGAACGGGCGCGUCUGAAGCGCGCCCAAAUUCGAGCAACCGAGACCAGCGAGGAGCGCAAGGAGCGUCUCUCCAAACAGGCCGAGUAUGCGCGCCUUCGACGCAUGCGCAGUCACACGCCGCGUCGCAGCAGCAAUGCCAGCACCGAGUUCCAUGGGAAGACCGAGGAGGAGCAGUCCGAGCACGAGCAUCAGCUGUACGAUGGCGGUGCCGGCGGUCCCGGCAACGAUUCCUUCGUCACUGUUGUGAAGACGGACUCGCAGCUCGAUGGCGAUGCCUCCAACGAUCAACAACUGGCGACCCUCCAGCUCCAGCAGCACGAGCUGCAACAAAUUACCGGAACUCUUCAGCCCCAGCAACAGCAGCAGGCCCAUCACGAGGCCAUCGUGCUCAAUCAACAGCAACAGCAGCGCCUUUUAGCCCUCAACCAGCACCAUCAGAGCUACAAGCUGCAAUCUGUGAAGGAUUACGGCAGUGGAGGUGGCGGGGCCAAUUCAGCCACUGGCGGCUCUGGAGGCAGCGGUGCCGGCGAAAACAAUGACAUGCUCAAAAUUCUAGAGCCCAUCAUUGUCAUGAAGACCAAAUGAGAUUCGCGCACGUGUCGCAGGAACCGCACCAAAUACCCAGUCAUGGCCAGAUCCGUGGACAUUUCCUGACUUCGAGCCAACUAAGGCAGCUAACAGUUAAAAAAAUAAAGGCGGUUCACACUGCGCUAAGAAUUCUGUUUGGAAGAGAGCAAAAGCGAGAGAGAGAGAGAGAAAGCUAGUGUGUGAGAGAGAAGUGAGCACAGAGAGAGAGAGAGAGAGAUAGAAAAAGAGGGAGAGAGCGAGAGCCAAGGAACGUUUGAACUGGCAUUCAGGAAUGUACAGUUGACAAUAUAGACAAAACAUACAUAUAUAUACAGAGACACACACAAACUGGGACGCUUGCGCCAGACACUAACUAUCAUAUGCAUACAUAUUACUUACAUAAAACAUAACUACUUAUACAUAUAUAGUAUAUAUCUAUAUAUAUAUAUAUACACACAUCUAUAUGAAUAGCUAUAUAGAAGGCGUUUUUGUACAAUAACUGUAAAAGUCCUCUCGGGCACAAAUGUGUCCGGAAGUAGGCUUAUCAGAUAGAACAUUUGUGUUGGUUAAUGAUUAUUAAUGAUAAUGCUGAUCAUGAUGAUGAUGAUUAUGAAGAAUAUGAAAGAAUGGAAUUUUUGGAAGUAUCUUAUGUAUGUAGUUUAUAGGCAAGUCAUUUAAAUGUUUAAGUUCGGUUGACAGUUAAGCACAGUGCAAUACAGCGAUUAUCGGUUCGAUUACCGAUUGCCACCGAUCGAUCGUUUGUAUGUAUAUAUUAAUAAUUUUACUACAAACACACAGAUACAACACACACAAACCUAUGUAUGUAUAUGUAUGUAUGUAACAGUAUACGCCCAAUUAUCGUUAAUAUAUCGAUAUUCCGAGCGCACACACACACGGAUUCGUUGGUGCUCACUCCGAUAGGUAACUCAGGCGGGGAUUCACAUUUACAAAAAACAAACAAGAGUAUAAACUAAAUUGAAAAUAAGUAAAUACUUAUGAGUGAGAUCCGGGAAAUCCAAAAACAACAUAUAAUUCGUACAUAUAUAUUAUACUUAUAUAUUUGUAUAUGUUACAAACACACCCAAACAAACAAACACACACACACACUAUUAACUUUGUAGCUAAUCAAUGGUGGUAUUCCUGCUAAUGGUUUGGAUUUCUAACAGAUUUUAUUUAAGAGCAACUGUGACCGAAAAACAACAAAAUUCGCAAUAUACGGUCACACAGAACUUGUUGAUUUAAUUCCAUUUAUAAUAGUAACUAACCAAAGCAUACUCGAGUGUUUUUAAUUAGUGUUUGUUUUCCACCGAUAUGCCAUUUUGUUUGUUCAGUUUUUUUUUAAACUUUCUUCAUCUCUUACAAAUUGAAAUCAAACGCUGGAAUACCACGAUUAUUAUGUAUUUGUAUUUGAAUGUAGAGGAGAAAUGUCUACGUUUUUUAACAACUUAAAUUGUAACGGUAAUACUGAUAACGGAUAACUUUUUUAGUGUAACAACAACAGCAACAGGCAAAAACAUAAUUAAAAACAACAAGCAGAACAACAACUAAACUAAACAAUUAAACUUAAGUCAGAUUACAAUUAUGGAUGUAUUGUAUGUAGCGCAUAAACAGAGAGAGCACUAAAGAAAGAAGUAAUAAUUUUUUAAAGUAGCGAAAAAUCAUACAAAUAAAUAUAAUAAGAAGCAA